GCCAUGGCUUCAUGGGACAAAUAGAACAGAACAAGUAUUCAUGUUAUUAGUCACACAUACUCAAGCAACUCUUUAAUAUGAGCAAAGGGGUUGCAAAGGAAUUUUCCAACAUUUUAAACAUUUGCCGUUAUUUCACAUCCUGUAUGUGUAUUUCUGUAUUUAUUUCUCAGCUCUUCUCACUGGUUUGGAGUGGGCUGUGAAUAGAGACAUAUCGAAUGUUUGCAGUUAAGCUGUCUGCCUGUGUCGGUGUCAUUUGAUAUCUUGUUCUCACAGAAACCAGGUUUUCUAAAAUGUUCUUUUCAUUAAUGGAAAGAGUCACAUUUUUAAGUCCAUUUUAAAGCAAUACUCCCCCAUGUAGUUCAAACAUGGUGUGGUGUUGGUGGAAAGUUUACGAUGCACAAUUAGACUCACAUUGUGUUUCAUGACCUAUUUUAGUGCUUCUUGUGCACUUUUUCCUUAGAUGCAUGGUUCUUGAGUACAUAGUAAGAUUUCCUGUGACCUAGAAAAUAACCCCCCAUCCAGCCGCAAUGCAACCUACUUAUAGCGGCCGACAACUAAGUGGGGCACAGUGAGGUCUUCAGUGAAACAUCAUCUCUUCAUCCUCUCUAAAUUCUAAAAGUGUAAUCAUUUGUUUUGAUCAAAUAUAUUCUGCCCUUAACAGAAUCAGAUGCACGGUUAGAGUCACUAAGAAAGGAGCCACACCUAUGUAACGUCCCAUGUUGCACUGGCUUUACAGGACUCUUUGUUGUAUCAAGGUGUGUUAGAACCCUAAUUUGUGUCUAGUGAACUGGUUUGAAAUUACACGUUGACUUCUUUUUAUAAUUCAAAUAUUUAUAUUAUAUUCAUACACUUGCCAAGUGGUACAAUGAGUUUUGUGAUUGUGCUAAACCAUAAAUCUGAAACUUUAUUUCAUUUAUACUGGUUUUAUUUCCUCCUCUACUGCUUGAGCAAAUGUUUGGCAAGAUAACAUUUCUACUUCUGUCUAGCAAUUAACAUGCACACACACAAAUAAUCAGCAUGCGUGCGUGCGUGCUUGCUUGUGUGCGUGUGUGUGUGAUAUUCCCCUCCACAUCUUCACUUUCCCCUUUCUGUGGUGAUGUGAUACUUGAUGUGGGCAGAUCUCAUCUCAAAGUUUCCCGUCCUCUGAGGAAUAUAAAAGCUGUGAUCAACAGCUCAGUCAUCACACCCUCACUGACUCCACCUGAGGACAGAUUAGCUCAGAGUCACUGCUGCCAACACAGAAAAAGACAUGGUGUCAUUCCAAGCUACAGUGAUGGUGAUCACGCUCCUCACCGUUUCUCUGCUGGCCACAAACGCAUCUCCAGUGUAUCAUGGAUGUUGUCGACAUUACAUGACAGGCAGAAUACCGUUUUCUAAAAUCAAGGGGUACUCGGUCCAGACCGUCAAAGAGAUGUGUCCCAUCAAUGCCAUCAUAUUCCACACAAACAAGGGUAAAUCAUGCACCAACCCUGCUUUGAACUGGGUGAUGGAGUAUGUCGACCGCUUAAGGAAUAGAGCACAAAAGGUUCACAUGAAGACUUCACAAGCUGCUUCUUGAAGAGAGACGGUGGAGCCCAAACUGUUUUGCUGCCGGUUAUCCAGUAACCCAUGAUGUUUCAUAGUUCAGUAGUUCAGUAAUCCUGCUUGUUGCUGCAGUUUAACAAAACUGCUGAUAAUUCAAAUUCAAAUUAAGUAAUUAUGCAACACAGGUUUCAGCUCAGUUGUAAGAGCAUUGUAUAAUAUUAUUUUAUACUUUUCUAUAAAAAUGUAUUUUGACAUGUUGUAAUAUAAUCAUUAAAGUUUUGUUUAAAAAAAGAAGAAUACAUUGUUACAGGUCUCUUAAUGAAAACACUCCUCCAUGAAACUUACACUAUACAGAACAGAGAUCACUACACGUGAACACUUCCCCCACAGCAUACCAGCGUUUAUCUUAACUUCCUUGUUCAUUCAGUCGC